UAUACAACACAUAGACAAAAUAAUGCGGCUGUGCAACGUCGUUGAGACUCAUUGAACUCUAGCAGACCCUGCGUAGUGUUUCGAAUUUCCGAAGACGUUUUACUGCAGCAUUGUUGGAUCGUUCAACUUGUACCACUAACAGAGGUAAAUCCCAUCGCUACGUUUGAAUUCUACUGGAUCGGGGACCUGCUUGAUCGGCUGAUUAAAUUUGUGCCAUAAUAUUCCCAGCUCAUAAUAUCGAAAAUGCCAUUCGUUGCUGCCGAGCAGCCCAAAUGUCCGAAGUGCGGAAAGUCUGUGUACACGGCGGAAGAACGUAUUGCUGCCAAUGCGAAAUGGCAUAAGAGUUGUUUCAAGUGCGGACUGUGCCAGAAACUUCUGGACUCUACCAACGUGACCGAGCACAAUGGAGAAAUUUUUUGUCGGCAUUGUUACGGACGGAAAUUCGGACCUAAAGGAGUGGGAUUCGGUCAGGGUGCCGGCACUCUGGGGAUGGACGUUGGUGAACAUCUCGGCAACCGCACAUCCGAAAUGACUAACACACACCACUCGACCAACUUCUAGCUUAGCGCAGAAACGUUGGUACGAGUACACGGAAACACUGGAACAGGUGGAAGAGUGCUUCUGCGCAGUCAGUGAUUAACAACGUAUUCCCGAUGCCAUCAAAUAUUCCAUAAUCUCAAAUCCCAGAAAAUUUUCCAAGACGAUAGUUUUAUUGCUGCUAAUGAUAUAUCGAUUCUGUAGACUGUCCUUAACUUCACUAUCUUCUGCGCGCUGUCUCCUAUUCCAGAUGCCAUUAAUCCAAUUCUUACUACGUUGUGAUUCGGCAGUUAAUUGUUAACGUUUGUUUUAUGUCUUCACUCUGGUUUAAAUUAGGAACUUGCUGUUUCAAUCGAUUUGUUGACAGGAUUGGCGUUCAGUUUGUAUAGAUUCCUUGUUGUAACCAGCAAUAUCCAGUUGUAAUACAAAUGUCGUGGA